AUGGCGCAAGCAGGAGCUGGCGGGUCCUACAACAACCCGCUGAAGAAGUUCAAGCUAGUUUUCCUUGGAGAACAGAGCGUUGGCAAGACAUCGCUCAUCACCCGCUUCAUGUAUGACUCGUUCGACAACAUGUACCAGGCCACUAUCGGCAUCGACUUCCUCUCCAAGACGAUGUAUCUUGAAGACAGGACAGUGCGGUUACAACUCUGGGAUACAGCCGGGCAGGAACGAUUCAGGAGCUUGAUCCCGUCCUACAUCCGGGACUCGAGCGUGGCGGUAGUGGUAUACGACAUCUCAAACGCAAAAUCAUUCGAGAACACACGGAAAUGGAUCGACGAUGUGCGCGCGGAGCGGGGUAACGAUGUGAUUAUCGUGCUAGUGGGCAACAAGACGGAUCUUAACGACAAGCGAGAGGUCACGACGCAGCAGGGCGAGGAGGAGGCCUCGCGCAAUCAACUUAUGUUCGUUGAGACGAGCGCCAAGCUUGGCCAUAACGUCAAGAACCUCUUCAAAAGGAUAGCCCAGGCCCUUCCCGGCAUGGAGGGUACCGAUGCUGCGGCCCAGGCGUCGAACCAGAUGAUUGACGUUACGACGCCUUCCAACCAGACUCAGCAGGAGGGAUGUGCUUGUUAA